AUGGUUAAUGUUUCACCAAUUCCAAGACAAUUCUCAGAGCAUGUUGUUGUGAUUCUGAUAGAUUUGCCUCGUUUAUCAAAUGAUGCUCUAGUAAAGGACGAAUUUACUUGCAAGUACCUCAUGGAGAAACUCGAACGAAAGCUCUCUACCAAGCAAUCUCUCUCACGACUCAUUGAAAAACAAAUUGAAAAGCUUCAACAAUUUAACAUGUACAUGGCACGAGAUAGGAAAAUGGUCUUUUCGAAUAUUCAUUCUAAAUAUUUGCAAAUUAUCGGCAGCGAAAUGUUAAAGAGGAGAAAUUCGCAAUUGGUAAAGCAAGUUGAAGAAUCUGAGAGAAAAUGUCUAAACGUGAUGGGAAUUCCAUUCUUUCAAAAAUUGGACAAGUGGUUCCAAACCUUUGAUUGGUCCAAGGCUAUUCACUUAUUAGAAACUCUUUCUCAUUACUUUAGUCCAUUUGCAUUAGAUCUUUCCAAUAACUAUCUAUUUGCCAAAUUGUUAUUAUCCAGCACUGUGAACAGUUAUUUUUUGCAAUUCUUACAGAUUAGUAAGAGACACAUGAGAAAUGAUAAGGUGAAUUAUUAUCGUUUCUCCCUGUAUUUCAUUCAUGAAGAACAUGAGAGUGUUCUUGAGGAAUGUUUCAAUUCGAAACUUGAAAAGGAACAUUUGGCUCGUAGAAAUGAAUUUCCACUCAAAGUGAUUAUUUUAAUUGGUAAACACACUUUGGAAUGGACAGAGAAUGGUUUCAUCCAAGUUGAAGAGCUGAAUUACAGUAGUGAAUUGGAAACUUGUUGUUUCCGUUCGUCUUUCCUAGUUUGUAGAAAGAGUGAGCAAAUUGAGUAUUACAUGAAAAAGUUGAUAGAUUUUAAUUGUAAAUGGAAUGCCAGCAUGUGUUAUAAUGAUGAACAGUGUAACACUGGACACUAUGCAAAGAGUUUAUUGAGCUAUUUGAAUAUUUCACUUUCGAAUAGAGAUUCCAAUACUUUAUUAGAUUGCAUAUGUGAUAAUAGACCUGUUCCAUUUGAAUUUAAUAUUCCAGUUGAUUUAGUAAUGGUUUCACCAAUCAAAAAGGCAUUGUCUAAUUAUUUAAACAGUAUUGGAUAUGAGCCUAAAUGGGUUCGUCCCAUUUCGAAUUGUAUUUCACAAGAAACAAGUCACGAAACUUUCUUCUUAAAGCUAGAUAGGACCUGGGACGAAAUUGAAACUUUCUAUCACUUUUUUCUUCGUUAUCUAAGUGUUGAUUGUCCAUUCUUAGAUGUUUCAGAAGAGUUUAGUUUAUUUCUUCUAGCUUUAUUAGAAAGUAAUCGUGAAAUUGUGAGAGGUGAAUCCUUUGCGUCACUUGUAAACUUUUCCAAAAAGCAAAUUCUUGAAUUAUUAAGAAGAAGGAGAAAUCAAAGUUAUCAUUCACAACUUUACAAUUUCAGCGAUUUCAAUUCAAUGAAGAAAUCAAUCAUUGAAAAAGAUGUUCACGUAUUGAAAGAUAUUUCCGCAUUCUUAGAAGAAUAA